UGUCCACCCCACAGAUAUAUCUGUCACCUGCAAAUGAUUUAGUAAUGCUCCAGAAUGAUGUGGAAUUUACACAAGAGGGAAAAAAAUGACUAAGAGAAACAUCUGACUGGAAUAUCCACAUUGCUUGGGUAUAUUUUCAGAAGGAUGUUUGUCACAGCAACAGCCAAUGACAAGGCAGUGUUGUCUGAUAGUGAAAUCAGAGAGCUACUGGAAGUUGCACAUACAUGAGAAUUUUUUUUUUUAUCGUAAAGCUAACAUUUGGGCUGAGUAAUGCAUAAAUAUAGCAUCAGAAUACAAUCCUAAUAUGAAGAGAAAUGGUUAUGUAAGAGUUAUAUGCACUUAAAUCAACUCGAGAAGUUUCCUGAAUAUAUUUGUAUUUUGCCUAAUAACUGUUAUAUCACUAAAUCUGCACAGGGCUUUAUGUUGCAGUCUGAAAGCUCUUCUUUUCCUUACUACCAUGGAUAUUUUAGUGAAGAAACAGGGAAGAAAUCCAUCUCCCUUAAGGUCACUGGUUAAACCCCUACACAUUUGUCUUGUACAUAUUCAGUCCAUGAACAUAGUCCCUGCUUUAAAAUGGCACAGCUGUAACUCAGCAUUGUUGCCUCCUCCAGAUCCAGAAUGCAUAGAUCUAUGAGGACCCUGCCUAUGUUUCCGCUCAACCCUCCUGACUCACUGCAACUUAACCACUCCAGCUCACCUGUGACUCUGCUCAAACACUGUAAAACUACUCUGUGCUCUACAAUGGCAAGUUAUAAUAUUGUAGUUACACCUGAAGUCUGAAUCUGUGUUUCUGAGGCUGACUUUAGUACGCUGCCGUUUGAAGGCAGAAAUGCCCUGCCAUGGUGCUGUUAGCUUAUUGCACUCAUAAUGUUUACUAGCACUCAGAGAACAUCAUAUGGACGUGUUAACAGGGUGAAAAACAUGAUUUUCAUCAGUGGGAGUCUUUAUUCUAAAUUAAACAUUCCUCAAUACUCCUUGCUUUCACAAUAACUGACACAAGACUACACAAGCAGAAAUAAUCCUCUAGUUUCACAAAAACACGUGACCCUAGUAACCAAGCAAUGGUGAUAAGCAGAACCCACCCUCUGGACACAAUAUUCUUCCUUCUUUGUGCAUUUUUUUCCGCAUUUAUAGUAGAACUCCCCAAAACCAGCCAACAGACUUUGAUGUGUAAAAUCAGUGAAUCACUGUAUUGGGAAACUGAUGAUGACUCAGUCAGAUGAUUCAUUCGACUGUAAAUAAGUUAACUAAGAAGGACAUGAUGAUAUCUUUUGUGGCUAAACCGCUGUACCCAGAUUAUCAUCACAUCUCACUCUAAAAUGCAAUUUUGCACAGUUAUUUGUCUUUCUUGAAAGACAAAUAAAUGAAAGACACUUGUUAGUGUGUCAAACUGACUGCUUUUGUGGGUAAAAAAAAAAAAGUAAGUUUGUUGAUGACACAGAUACUGUAUCUGUGUAAGUCAAAUAUAUACAGAAAAAUCUAUCUUUAUGUUACGUUUAAAGCACUCUACAGUCCUUCUGGAAUGCAACUUAUUGUGAAAUGAGUUAUUUGCAGUUUGGUGUAGUUUCUAAACUGUUGUUUCCAGCAUUUUACUUCCUAGCUGUGGCCACACUGAUGCCAUGGUUUUCCAGUCCCACACUAUGAAUGCUGACGUCACGAUAUAGGUCAUGUAACUUUAUAUAUUUUAUCUAAGAUGCUCUCUCUGUUCUGCUUCUUGUCUUUUUACUCAUUAUUGAACAUUAACAGACCUGUGUAACUUUUUACUUUUACCCAGUCUCAUUCUACCACAGCAGUAGCACUUUGGCAAACUCUCUAUGAGGCCCAAGCACAAAAUACAGGCACAAAAUCACAACUAUCAUCUCUGCACAACAGAUAAUAUCAAAUCUCUUUGUCUCAUUGCAGACACAGAUGGACACAUAGUCUUCUGAUAAUGAUUUAAAGGCUUUAUAUUUGCAUUUACAGUUUUUCUGUUAGAAGAAUGUAUGCUGCAGCUUUUUAAUUCUGCUAUUCCGAUCAGAAAAACAAAUUAGUAGAUGGUAGUAGAUGUGCUGAAACGAGCAGACAUUAUUCACUUGGCCCCUCAGUUUUCAGACAGUUUAUUCAUAUGAAGGUGAUACCGCUUGUUGCCUAGUUUCCUCCUACUGGAAAAGUAUCCGCUUGAUAUCACAAAACGGGCACUACUGAUUUCCUCUUUGACCUCCCGCAACUUUAACAUCAUUUUGAAGUAGUCAUGCCUGAUCUGUGUGAAAGAAACUGCCACUGCUUUCCUGUACGCAAUUUUCUGGCAAUAUUUGUAUCCACUUCCUCCUUUUUCAGACAUGUAUAUUCCAAACUGUGGGUUGGGCAAUUUUAUACAGUUACAUAGCAAACAAGUAGAGCUGGAAAUUGCUUGUGUGGUAAUUGGGGUGACAUCCCAUCACAUGCGAACAACAAAGAACGAGGAAGGUGUUCUUCCCGUGACCACACCUCCCAAAGCGGGCCGCUGAUAAAGGACCUGCACAGUCUGCUGCAGGUCAGUCAUCACAGCCAGCAACCUGUGUGAGAGUGGAGUUAUGGACUUGAAAGUGAAGGUUGUUUCAAGGCAGCAGUGGGGAGCAGCUGAACCCAAAGACAAGGAGAAUUUAACAAGUCCAGCUGGGAAAAUUGUGAUUCACCACACUGCCCUGCCGAGCUGCACAGGCCUGGACGAGUGUAAGGCCCGCGUCGCCAGCAUUCAGAGAGAGCAUAUGAGCAAAAAAGGCUUCGAUGAUAUUGGAUAUAAUUUUCUGGUCGGAGGAGAUGGCACUGUGUAUGAAGGCCGUGGCUGGGGCGUGGUAGGAGCACACGCCAGAGGCCACAACCAUGACUCACUGGGGAUCGCCUUCAUGGGCAAUUUCAACAAUGAGGCUCCAAGCAAAGAGGCAAUAAAGUCUGUCAAAGAGCUGCUGCAGGCUGGGGUUUCUGAGGCCUUCAUAGCACCAGGCUUUGGCCUGUUUGGGCACAGAGAUCUCGGAUCGACAGAAUGUCCAGGAGAAAAGCUUUACGCUGCGAUUCCACAACUAAAGGGAACAUGACACUCAUAGCAGAUUUCUCAGAAUAGUGUAAAAGGGAAAUUCUUUCUCUGCUUUCAUUUGUGCACAAAUCUUCACCAGCACCUUCUUCGUCCUAGGUAUGGAAUAAACAGGGUGAUAGGGUAUAGAAGCUUUAUAGAUUAAACACUAACUGUCCAAUUUCUUUUUUGUAUAUAUAUUUUUAGCGUGUAUUUCUUCUUUUGUGCUCGCAGCCUGUCAGAAGUUUCUCUUACAGCAGAGGGAGCCAUCAGAUGGAAUGAGGUCGAUAGAUUCAGCAAUCUGUUAGUGCAAAAUGCAAAGUUUACACACUGACACUGUAACACUAAAACCCAUAGGUUGUGUUAAAGUAUCUGUUACUUAUUAUUUGACUGAAUUUAAAAGUGAAAUAUUAUAAGAGUGAAUUACAUUUUACUGAACAAAACUUGGUUUGUGGUGAAAAUAAACACUCCCAUGAAUUUAA